GUUUACAGCCGAGCCAAACCUUGUGACCCUCUUUGCUCCCAUCAACUGCUGAAUAAUGGCCGACAGCCCAGUCCCGGCGCGCCAGCUGUAUAUCGGCGGUUUUUGGGUAGCUCCAAUUAAGGGGCAAUACAUGGAUGUCAUAAACCCGGCGACAGAGCAGUCGUUCGCGAAGAUCCCCGCGGCGACGAGUGAGGAUGUGGACGCAGCGGUUGCUGCAGCAACGGCGGCUUUCAAAUCAGGGCAUUGGAGCCGCACCACUGGAGCCUAUCGCGCCAAAUUCCUCCGCGCUAUCGCGCAGAAGCUUCGGGAUCAAAAACCUGUGCUGGCUAAAGCUGAGACCAUGGAUUGUGGAAAGCCAAUUGACGAGGCGGAAUGGGACAUGGACGACGUGGCGACCUGUUUCGACUACUACGCGGGUCAGGCUGAGGCGCUGGAUGGUCGAAACAGCUCCGGCCCCGCCAUCGACGUGGGCAUGACCGAGUUUGACGUACGUGUACGGUGGGAGGCGCUGGGCGUUGUGGGCCUUAUCACACCCUGGAACUACCCCCUGCUCAUGGCCGCGUGGAAGGUGGCUCCUGCCCUGGCUGCCGGCUGCUGCGCCGUGUUGAAGCCGUCGGAGCUCGCCUCCCUGACCUGCCUGGAGCUGGCGGCCAUAGCGGACGAGGUGCAGCUGCCCCCGGGUGUCCUCAAUGUGAUCACGGGCACCGGGCCGGAGGCGGGCGCCCCGUUGAGCGCCCACCCCGGCCUGGCCAAGGUUGCCUUCACUGGCAGCGCCGUCACCGGCCGCCGCGUGGCCCUGGCUGCAGCCGCUAACCUGAGACCCUCCUCCCUGGAGCUUGGGGGGAAGAGCGCGCUGAUUGUGUUUGAGGAUGCGGACGUGGAGAAAGCGGUGGAAUGGGCCAUGUUUGGCGCCUUUUGGACCAACGGUCAGAUCUGCUCGUCCACCUCGCGGUUGCUCGUACAUCAGGACGUGGCACCGGCCUUCCUGGAGCACCUCAAGAAGCGGGCCGAGUCCAUUAACGUGUGUGAUCCGCUCACUCCGGAUUGCCGCCUGGGGCCCCUGGUCAACGAGGGACAGUACCGCAAAGUACUGGGAUACAUCGAGGUAGGUGUACGGCACGGUACGACACGGAGUGUAAGUGGUACGGCAGGGUGCUGUUUCGUAGGGGGCUUAGCUGAAGUGUUUUCCACUGCGGAGAGUCGCCCCUAUUGUUGUUCCCGUACGUUUCGCUGCAUAUAUAUCCCGCCUCCCCCCUCCGACCCCCUCGUUCCCCGCCCGCCGCGGGCAGGUGCGGUCAUCAGCGCGUGCCCCGAGCGCUGCCGCCGGGUGGCGGAGGCUCUCGAGUGCGGCAUUGUGUGGGUCAACUGCUCGCAACCGUGUUUCUGCUACGCCCCCUGGGGGGGCAUCAAGAACAGCGGACAUGGUCGGGAGCUGGGGGAGUGGGGGCUGGAGAACUUCUUGUCGGUCAAGCAGAUCACCAAGUACGUGUCUCCGGAUAUUUGGGGCUGGUACUCCCCACCCGCCCAACAGCAGCAGCAAACACAGGAGGCGCCGUCCAAGCUGUAGCUGAAAGGCUGUAGCAGUAGCGGACUCUUGUGUUGUCGUUCUCCACGUUCCUCAGGGGCCGUGGCUCGGUUUCCGGCCGGGGCUAUGGAUGUGUCUGUAAUGUAUGUAUGUGUGUUUUGGGGGGAUCGAGGAGGGGUUGCGAGCGGCCCCGUGUCUUCUUGCCUAGGUGUGAGUGUAUUGGGUACGGGUACGGUUGCUGAUAUCCUCCGAGCUGGGACUGGCAAGGGGAAUGGGGCCGGGGCCGGGGACGGAGGGUUUCUCUUUGGUUGUGUAUAUUUGUGUGUGUGUUUACUCGUGUGUGUGUGUUGGGGGGGGGCGGGGGGCCCGGGGGGGUGCCUCCAUUGUCACGCAGUGGUGAACCUGGCAGUGUUUUUUUCGGUUUUCUGUGGCAUUUCUUCGGAGGCAUGUACGUAUAUACUUUUGUAUGGGACGGAGCAAUAGAUGGUCCGCCGUACGCACGUGUUUUGUUCGGUGCUACAGUCGUAUGACGCGACAGCGGAUGCUGGGAUGUGGAUGGUCUUAAUAAUCUGGGACGGUUUGGUUAUUGGACGCCUCCCCAUCUGCCACUAUCUCCCAAUUUACCGCCCUCGUCACCUGCAUGAGUGGAGGGGCCGCUCCCGGUUGGUUCGUCAGGCUGGGCUAGCAGAGGGUAGCUAAGGGGUAGCAGACAGGAAGUGAGGGGCGGAUGAUGGCGUAUGUAAUGUGUGUGAUGGCGUCCGAUCAUGUAAACUUCUUGUACGU